GGUCCUUUCCCCUCGGGCCAGGCUGUCCCCAGGCAGCGGGUCGGAGGGGCGGUCACAGAGCCGGCGGGAUGGGGGGAGCCCCGUGACUCUGCUGCUCCCCUGCCGCGCCAGGCUCCCUCUCCCCCGUAAACCGUCUGCCCGCCCGGCUCCGGUUCUCACGGUCUCCUGCCAGCCCUGGUCUCCCCUCCAGUCGCCCCCCUGGCCUGGGCCCUCGGGAACUGCCCCUGCCGUGGCCUGGGCCGGCCGGGGGGCCAGGGCUCCGCAGCACCUGCGGACAGGCCACGGGCUGCCCGGGGGAGCCCUGAAAUCACAGCGGCGCUUUGGGCGCUGAGCCAGGAUGUCUGGGCAGAGGGCAGAGCCGGCAGCCCUCGUCCGGGGGUGGAAUAUACAAAAGAAACCCACCACAGCAGCAUUUAACAACAAAAAGGGGAACUACACAAAAAUGUGGAAGCUAGUUACAUGGAAAUUAAAAGGAACAGUCACAAGAAGGAAAUGCCUGCAAGCUGCAUGGAAACGACUUAAACACCCAAUAGAGGCUCAAAUGAAAGAGGACCAAAAAAUACCACCUUGGCUAAACAAUGGAAUAAAAGAGGUGGUGAGAUGCAAAAAGGCAUCCUUUACAAAUUGGAACUCAGAUCCCAAUGAGGAAUAGAAAAGAGCAUAAGCUCUGGCAAGUCAAGUGUAAAAGUAUAAUGAGGCAGGCCAAGAAAGACUUUGAAAAUCAACUAGCCAAAGGCACAAAAGCCAACAGCAAAAUUUUUUAAAGUACAUCUGAAGCAGGAAGCUGCCAAACCGACAAUGGGGGACACUGGGCAAUGGAAGUGCUAAAGGAGCACUCCAGGCAGACAAGGCUGUGUCAGAGAAGCUAAAUUAAUUCUUUGCUUUGGUCUUUGCUGCAGAGGAUGUGAGGGAGAGUCACACACCUGAACUAUUCUUUUUCAGCACAGAUCGGAGGAAUUGUCCCAAAUGGAGGUGUCAGUAGAGAAGGUCUUAGAAGAAACUGUUUAAUUUAAUAGUAAUAGGUCACUAAGACCAGGUGUUAUCCACCCAAGAGUUCUGAAAGAACUUAAAUGAAAUUGCAGAACCAGUAACUGGAGUACAUAACCUAUUGCUUAAAUCAGCCCCCCGAUGACUGGAGGAUAGCUAAUGUAACACUGAUUUUUACAAAAGGCUCCAGAGGCGAUCCUGGCAAUUACAGACUGGCGAGCCUGACUUCUGUGCCAGGGCAACUGGUUGAAACUAAAGAACAAAAUUAUCACACACAUAGAUGAGCACAAUAUGUUGGGGAAGAGUCAGGGGGGACUGAAUCAUCUAUCUGCCGCCCCGACCGGGAAAAUGGAGAAGUCUGCUGCUUGCCAGGAGCUAAGAUUCGCGAUGUGAUGGAGAGACUGCCGAGACUCAUCAAGCCCUCGGAUCGUUACCCCUUCUUGCUUCUCCACGUGGGCACCAAUGAUACUGCCAAGAAUGACCUUGAGCUGAUCACUGCAGACUACGUGGCUCUGGGAAGAAGGAUAAAGGAGUUUGAGGCGCAAGUGGUGUUCUCGUCCAUCCUCCCCGUGGAAGGAAAAGGCCUGGGUAGGGACCGUCGAAUCGUGGAAGUCAAUGAAUGGCUACGCAGGUGGUGUCGGAGAGAAGGCUUUGGAUUCUUUGACCAUGGGAUGGUGCUCCAAGAGGGAGGAGUGCUAGGCAGAGACGGGCUCCACCUAACGAAGAGAGGGAAGAGCAUCUUCGCAAGCAGGCUGGCUAACCUAGUGAGGAGGGCUUUAAACUAGGUUCACCAGGGGAAGGAGACCAAAGCCCUAAGGUGGAGGUGGCACCAUGCAGCAGGAGGGGGAGAAGAGCCGGGUCCGGCCCAGGAAGCCUGACAUGGCCCUCUACGUGCCCAAAGCGCGACGGGAGAUGGCAGCCCAAGGAGCAGGCCCUGCCAGUGGUGCAUGGACCAUGGGGAGCCGGAGGGAGGAGGAAAACCGCCGUGUGCUGCAGAAGGAGGGUGCCAAAGGCAGCUGCGAGAGGCAGAGCCCCAGCACUGGAGCCCAUGAGCCCGUGGCCAGAGAGGGGAGGAGGUCGGAGGGGAAAACAAGGAAGCGCGUACCCCUGGGGGACAGGAAACGGGGCAGCGCCCCAGGGCAGUCCCAAGGAGCCUCUGCUGAGGGCUGGGAUCAGCGUCGCACACGCCACCAAAACCAUCUGGCCCCAGAGGAGCAGCCGUGUGUGCGGCUGGAAACAAACCUCCACAGUGAACAGCCCAGCGCUCAGGAGCCCCGCCUGGAUCAGGCUCCCGCUCGGCCAGGGGGCAGUGAGGAGCAGGUGCCCAGCCAGCCAGGGCUCAGGGAGCUAAGCCCAAGGUGCUGGGAUUCAAGGACAGGUACUGGACCUUGUUCCCGUCUGUUGGUGGAAACAUCUAGUCCCCUGCUCGUGCCACCGCGUGGAGGGGAGGAGCAGGCGCAGGAGCAGAGGCUUGGGGGUUCACUGGCCCGGCUAGGCCCUUCCUCUCAGCCUAGGAAUGAGAGCAGUGAUGAAAUAUCAGAGCAGGCAGCGGGGAGCACAGGUGGCGCAUCUGAAUGUGCAGGCAAGAGCAUCCCAGCUCCGAGCGGGGAGAGCGCAGGAAGCGCGUGCGAGCUCAGAGGGGAGGGUGCCGCAGAUCCGAGCUCGGAGAGCGCAGGAAACGCGUGCGAGCUCAGAGGGGAGGGUGCCGCAGAUCAGAGUGGGGAGGGCGCAGGAAACGUGGCCGAGCUUACAGGGGAGGGUGCCGCAGAUCAGAGUGGUGAGGGCACAGGAAACGUGGCCGAGCUUACAGGGGAGGGUGCCACAGAUCAGAGUGGGGAGAGCGCAGGAAGCGCGUGCGAGCUUACAGGGGAGGGUGUCACAGAUCCGAGCGGGGAGUGUGCCGCAGAUCCAAGCCGGGAGAGCGCAGGAAACGCAUGCAAGCUUACAGGGGAGGGUGCCACAGAUCCGAGCGGGGAAAGCGCAGGAAACGUGGCCGAGCUUACAGGGGAGAGUGCCGCAGAUUCAAGCGGGGAGAGUGCAGGAAGCAUGUGCGAGCUCAGAGGGGAGGGUGCCACAGAUCAGAGUGGGGAGAGCGCAGGAAGCAUGUGCGAGCUUACAGGGGAAAGUGCCGCAGAUUCAAGCGGGGAGAGUGCAGGAAGCAUGUGCGAGCUCAGAGGGGAGGGUGCCACAGAUCAGAAUGGGGAGGGCGCAGGAAACGUGGCCGAGCUUACAGGGGAGAGUGCCACAGAUCAGAGUGGGGAGAGCGCAGGAAGCGCGUGCGAGCUUACAGGGGAGAGUGCCGCAGAUUCAAGCGGGGAGAGCGCAGGAAGCGCGUGCGAGCUUACAGGGGAGGGUGCCGCAGAUCAGCCGUGCGGGAGGGCAGGCAGCGUGUCUGACAGCGAGGGGGGGAGCACUGCUGUCUGUCCAGAGCAGGGGUGUGGGCAGGAAGGAGGCAUGCCUGAGCGUGCCAGGGCGAGAGCGCACAGCAGAGCCCAUAGGACAGACUCUGGCGCUGGGGCCCUCCCGGAGCGUGUGGACAAGGCCAGAGGCAGCGUACCGCUGUGUGGGGAGGAGAUGCCCUGCGGCUCAGGCCCCAGUGCACUGGGGGACACCGAGCACUCGCCAGCUCAUGGGAGCAGGGAGCACAGCCGGUCUCCGGAGAUCCCGGGCAGCUGCUCGGCAGGGAGCCUGGCUGAGGAGCUGGACUGUCCAGGCGGGGUGGCGAGGCCAUUACAUGGCUUGCGAGCUGAUGGAGAGCCUGGGACGGAAAGGGAGGAUGAUGGUGGUGUGAUCGAAGGCGGCAUGUCCUGCUGGGACAGCAACACCGAAGGGCCUGAGCAGUCCAGUGCCGGAGCCCGGAGCGACAGCAGUGCUGCGGCAGAGGGGAGCUGGGACUCGCUGUUUAACGCCGAUGGAGACUGCCUGGACCAGCGCCUGCUGGAAGAGCUGUUGGGCGGUGAAAAGCCCAGGAGCAGCCUGCAGGAGCCCCGCUUCGACUACUCCGGCUGGCAGCCUGCUGAGCUGGACCUCAGUGACUCGGAGCUGCCCCAUGUCAUCGAGAUCUACGACUUCCCGCAGGACUUCGGCACCGCUGACCUGCUGCACAUCUUCUGCAGCUACCAGAAAAAAGGCUUUGACAUCAAAUGGGUGGACGACACGCACGCACUGGGCAUCUUCUCCAGCCCCAUUGCAGCGCGCGACGCCCUGAGCAGCAGGCACGUGAUGGUGAAGACCCGGCCCCUGGCGCAAGGCACAAGAGCAGCCAAAGCCAAAGCCAGGGCUUGUGCUGACUUCCUGCAGCCAGCGAAAGAGCGUCCGGAGACGUCUGCGGCCCUGGCCCGGAGGCUGGUGAUCGGAGCCCUCGGAGUGCGGAGCAACCAGAGCCGAGCCGAGCGUGAGGCCGAACGCAAGAAGCUGCAGGAGGCCCGAGAGAGAAAGCGCCUGGAGAACAAGCAGCGGGAGGACAUCUGGGAAGGCCGGGACUGAGCCAGGGCUGCAGCAGAGACGACCAGAGCACCCAGGGCUGCUGGCAGGCACAUGAUGGGGGGGCACUGUGGUGCCAUGGGUUUCAGAUGCCAGUGCAGCCCAGUGCCAGCUGCACCCACGCAGGCUGGCCAGGCUGUGUCCGAGGGGGGAAGGGGAGAGGCCUGUCUGGAGCCUGGCGCGGGGGAAGCGGGGUCUGGCUGACAAAACACAGCAGCUGUUUGUAUUAGGACUCUUAGUGGGAGGAGCCUGGCAGGCCCUGCCGCCGGCUGUGUGCACCCUGGAAGGGGGCCUUGGCCUGCCCCGUCCCCGUCCCUUGCCCUUUGAGACCCUGGAGUACGGGGAGUCAGUGAUCUGGGGCAGGAAGGGUUUGAACGCUGGGCUGGGGCAGCGAGAGCUCAGCUGAGUCUGGUGGCUGUGCCCUGUGCCUGGCACUGCCCAGGCUAUGCUGGUGCUGGGUAACGCUGUCCUGACACACUGGCUGCAGCCUCGUUUGCUGCUGGGAAUGUGGCCUCCAGGCUGCCCAGCUCGCUCUCAAGAUGGUAACCCCCUUGCUCCCUGCAGCAGCCUGGACCAUGCAAACAGCCCUGGGCAGCGGGAGGGGAUUUUGCAGGACUCUGCGUGAGCUGUGCUUUGGUGAGCCGUGCCGUGCUGUGCUGUGCCGAGCCGAGCCAACGCAGCCUGGGGGCGUGCCAAGCAUGAGUGAGUGAGAAGCCGUGUGAGAUGGAGAUUCCCUGUCCUUUAUUUUGCUAUUAAAUUGCCUGGUUUUUACACUG